UAAACCGAAUCAAAAGGAAUAACCAUCUAAUUAAAAUUAAUGAACAUAAUCAUUUGCAUACCUAUUAAAUUGAACAUCCGACAUAUCUAUUAUUCACAUUGUUUAGUAUUUUUAUUGUUUACCUAUACUUUUCUUAUAUAUUAUAUAUAAAUGUAAAAGGAAUUACACACUUGCAUGAACCCACAUUUUCAUAAAGAGUGAUCCUGAAUUUGUGUGGAAGCAUGGUGAACCACUUCUCCCAAUACACCGUUCUCCUUCUCUUCACUACAUCAAUUGCUCUUGUGAUGGUCACGGUGGCAAGUAGUGAAGCGUGCAAGAAGGAUGAUGGUGUUGGGGAUAAUUAUUGCUCAUCGUUGCAGCAAUUGAAUAGAUGUGAAGAAAAGAUUUAUUAUAUGGGAGGAAAAAGCUGUAAUCAAGAAUGGUGUUUCCAUGAUUGUAAGCUAAAGCACGUUGGUAAGGAAGCUAUGGGAAUAUGCCGUGUUAGCUUCUUAAGGCGUCCAAGUCCAUACCCUAUGACAGUUCUACGAUUCUGCAGUUGCGUCUACAACUGUUAAUGUAAUAUGAACUACUAUCUAAUGUAUGAGUUUGAUCCUUAGUUAUAAAAGCUGCACCGAUAAUCAAUCCCGUGAGUGUAUUGGAUUAAUGGGUUAUUAAUUCAACUGUUUAAUAGUUGAUUAAACCGUUUC